GCUGUUGGGGAAGUGAUGUGUCCUUUAGGGUGCAAGCAUGCAAGUUUACAUGUGUACACUCAUUUUUCCAAGGGAGGAAAGGCACAGAGAAGCUGUUAAAAAUGGGCUAUAUAGAGAAGCACCACACCUUGGUGAUUUCUGCUUCUGAACCAUCCUUUGAAAUCAUUAGCAAUCUUGAAGCCCCAUCCCCACCUCCUACUCUUCAGCUGAGAGCCACAUUAACACCCCUUCCUCAACCUGCUGUCCUGAGAGCUGGCAGCUGCUUGGUGGUCCCACAUCCUGAGGUGCUUGACAGGCUGCAAGCUCACCCCCUUGCCUUUGUGGAGCAAAAGGGGGAGCAAGCAACUUGACUCAGGAGCUGCUGGAGCUGAAGGUCCCCAGGCAAUCUGGGCACAGUGCCCUGUGAAGGGAGGCCUUUUCACUCUGGCCGUGGCACAACUUCCCAAGGGGUCCCUCUAGCCCUUCCCCUCCCCAGGUUGCUCCGCCUGAACCAGCAGGUGCAGGGCAGCAAAGUUAAUGAUUAGCUCAGCCAGUUGCGAGGUUGCAGUUCCUCCACAGAGCCCACAGCCAGCUGGCAUCCGUUUGCCAACAUGCUUGCCCGGUUCCAGAUGGUGGGGCUCCUGGGUUUGCUUCAGGGGCUGCAACUCGUCCACUGCCAAGAGAAGAAGCAGCCAGGGGGUCCCACAAGCAGCCUCUCCCCCCUCAUGAGGGACCCGUAUGACUUUGCCAUUGUCAUCUCAGCAGGAGGCAUUGAAUGCUUCUGGCAAUUUGCACACCAAAAUGGCUCCUUCUACUUCAGCUAUGAGGUGCAGUGGACUUCAGGCCUUGGCCAUGAUAGACACAUCCUAGCAACUGUGAACGACCCCAGUGGCUUCCACCUCGGCACCUCCCAGGAUGUGCAGGGACAGAUCAACUUCCCGACUCGGGAGACAGGCUUCUACCAGCUGUGCCUGAGUAAUCGAUACAACCAUUUUGGAACUGUGCAAGUGUAUCUCAACUUCGGGGUCUUCUAUGAAGGCUCUGAUCUAGAAACUGCUGAGCUCAAGAGGACAGAACUCAAUGGCACCCUGGAAGCAAUUGAGAAGAGCACCACCAAGCUGCUGACCAAUAUCUUCCACAUGUGGCGUUACUACAACUUUGCUCGGAUAAGGUCAAGGACAGACUUCAACCUUCUCCAGUCCAACUACACCUAUGUGAAGUGGUGGUCAGCAGCUCAGAGUGUUGCCAUUGUGCUCUCUGGCAUCCUUCAGCUCCAUUUCCUCAAGCGCCUCUUUGCUAUGCAGCUGAGCCAGAGGCCCAGAUGCUGAAACUUCAGCAGGAUGCGACGCCAAGUCCCAAAGCAGGAGGAGGGCCUCACCUCUGACUACAAAGUCAUGGAAUGAGUUGUACCCUUCUCAAGGCUGGAAUUUGCUAAUAGGAUAAUAAAUCCAAAGAAUUCUCUUUAA